AUGCUGAUGAGGUUACAAUGGUAUGACAUUACAGUUAUAUACCGGAAAGGCAAAGAAAUGCAUGUGUCCGACGCACUGUCCAGAGCAUUCCUUCAGACAGAAAAUCAGCAUUCUGAGUUUGAUAGGCAAGAAGACAUGAUAAACAUGCUGUCCGUCAGUAAUGACAAAUAUGCAGAAAUAAAAAGUGCAACUCAAACUGAGCUAUCAGCACUGUACAAAGUCAUAAUAGAUGGGUGGCCAGACACACGAAGUGAAACUCCGGUAGAAGUAAGACCCUACUGGGACUCGAGGGACCAGUUAUCUGUGCUAGAUGGGAUAAUCUACAAAGGCCUAAGACUAGUAAUACCCCCGAGUCUUCUAGGGAACAUGCUGGAACUUAUUCACAAAUCACACCUUGGCAUGUCAAAAUGUAAACAACGCGCACGCGAAGUUAUGUAUUGGCCAUGUAUGAACAGUGACAUAGACUCAAUGGUCAGUAACUGCACACAGUGUAAUGAAUACCAAAAACAACAGCCAGCGGAACCACUAAAACCAACUCCUACCCCUGAUCUGCAAUUUAGUUUUGUUGGAUGUGAUAUAUUUGAUUUUGAGUCAAAGAAAUACCUACUUGUUGUAGACUAUUAUUCAAAGUACAUUGACGUAGCUCCACUUCAAUUCGAAAAUGCCAAAGCAAUAAUCGAAGCAUUAAAACCAAUAUUUGCAUGUCAUGGUAUUCCAGUGAAGCUAAGAUCAGACAAUGGACCACAGUUUAGUUCUAAUGAGUUUAAGAAAUUCUGUGCGUCAAUAGGAAUUGAAUCUGAAACAGCUAGCCCGCACUUUCAGAGCUCAAACGGUGAAGCAGAGCGUGUGAAACAAAUAGUAAAACAUCUUUGGCGUAAAAACGAAGACAAACAGAUGUGUCUACUUGAUUACCGUACCACACCACUUGAAGGCAUUAACAUGUCUCCAUCACAGUUACUCAUGGGUAGACGACCAAGAAACAUCUUGCCGACAUCCAAUGAUUUACUCAAACCAAAUCACAACACAAACCUGGUUAAGAAACAUUUUGAUAAAGAGAAACAGAAGCAAAAAUUUCAUCGUAGAGGAGUAAAAGAGUUGCCUUCUCUUAGUGUAGGAGAACCCGUACGCGUUAGUCCAACACAAUCUGGUAAAUCAGCUAAAUGGAAUCCAGGCACAGUGAUUGAGAAACACUCAAAACCGCGCUCGUACAUUGUAUCUAGUGGCACCCGCCUAUACCGUAGAAACAGAAAAUUCCUAAGACCGUCAAAAUUUGAUCAGGAACUAGAUGAACCCGUAAAAAUCGAGCCGAAUAUGAAUGAUGAGCUGUGUCAACCUGAACCAGAAUCCACCCAGAGAACAAUUGACCCUAGUAAUAGUGGGACUCCAAACCCAGCUAUAACUGUAAAGCCUCCAGUGCGUGUUACUCGAUCUGGCAAACGUGUGAAAACACCAAAGAAAGUUGACUCAUAA